GAAGUGACGGUCGAGCUGUUGUUGAUGCGGAAGAGACAAACUUUAGGAUGUUUCUGUGAUUGAAGUCGUUUCUAAGAUUAAAAGAAAAAGACGCAGGGAGACAGUGAAAAACUGAGGAAAAGGGUUUUUGGUAUUUUAUCUGAAGCUACAGACUAAAGUUUGACCGACAUAUAGAAACCUGAUGGCUGGUGGUACUUUACAGAAAGCCAUCGAUCUCGCCACCAAAGCUGCAGAGGAGGACAAAGCCAAAAACUACGAGGAGGCCCUCAGAUUGUAUCAGAAUGCAGUUCAAUACUUCCUCCAUGUUAUCAAGUAUGAGACCAAGGGUGAGCGAGCUGCACAGAGCAUCAGGGCCAAGUGUCAAGACUACCUGGAGAGAGCCGAGCAGCUGAAGGAGUACCUGAGUAAGAAGGAGAAGAAUCCUCCGGCCAAACCCGUCAAAGAGUCUCAGUCUGACAAUAAAGGGGAUGAUGAUGGGGAAGACACAGAGAAAAAGAAGUUCCAAAACCAACUCUCAGGUGCCAUUGUCAUGGAAAAACCAAACAUUAAGUGGGACGAUGUUGCUGGACUUGAGGGAGCCAAAGAAGCGCUCAAAGAAGCUGUGAUCCUGCCCAUCAAAUUCCCUCACCUGUUCACAGGAAAGCGGACUCCUUGGCGGGGGAUCCUUCUGUUCGGCCCUCCAGGAACAGGCAAAUCCUACCUGGCCAAGGCGGUAGCCACAGAAGCCAACAACUCCACCUUCUUCUCCAUCUCCUCCUCCGACCUCGUGUCCAAGUGGUUGGGGGAAAGUGAAAAGCUGGUGAAGAACCUGUUCAAUUUAGCCCGCGAACACAAGCCGUCCAUCAUUUUCAUCGAUGAGAUCGACUCCCUCUGCGGCUCCAGGAGCGAGAACGAGAGUGAGGCAGCGCGCAGGAUCAAGACGGAGUUCCUCGUCCAGAUGCAGGGUGUUGGAGUUGAUAAUGAAGGGAUCCUGGUCCUGGGAGCCACAAAUAUACCAUGGACACUGGAUUCAGCAAUCAGGAGAAGGUUUGAAAAGCGGAUCUACAUUCCUCUGCCAGAGGAGCACGCCCGCUCCUUCAUGUUCAAACUGCAUCUGGGCUCCACCCCCAACGACCUGACGGAGGCUGACUUCAUCACUCUGGGCAAGAAGACGCAGGGCUACUCCGGAGCGGACAUCAGUGUUAUCGUCAGGGACGCCCUCAUGCAGCCGGUCAGGAAGGUUCAGUCAGCGACUCACUUCAAAAAGGUUCGUGGCUCAUCAUGGAAAAAUCCCGACGUCGUGGUGGAUGACCUGCUGACUCCGUGUUCGCCAGGUGAUCCCAACGCCAUAGCGAUGACAUGGAUGGACGUUCCCGGAGAGAAACUCCUGGAGCCCCUCGUGUGCAUGGCCGACAUGCUGAGGUCACUGACAAGCACCAAGCCGACUGUGAACGAGGACGACUUGGAUAAGCUGAAGAAGUUUACUGAGGACUUCGGUCAAGAAGGCUAAUAAACAGACGCACUCUACUCAUGAACAGGACUGCAACUAACACUUACUUUCUCAGUCAGUUCUGGUUGGUUGUUUGAUCAAUCUUUUGGUCCAAAGGUGCCAAAAAAAAUAGUCCAUCAUAGAGAGCUCAAAGUUCAUAUUCAUCCGAUUAGCUGGCAAAAAUAAGUAAAUGUCACUCAAAGCAACAGCAACAGAAAGCAAGCAAUAGACUUAAAUGCCAUAACAGCUAAUGUUUCUUGUUCUACCUGGAGACUAAAAUGAUUAAUCAAUGAUCAAAAUCUUAACUGAUGCCUUUGUUUUGUCAGUUGACUAAUUAACUCAUCAACUGUUUCAGCACUAUUUAUCUGUGAGUGUUUACAUGUGCACAUUUAUAAGGUUUAAUAUUUCUUUUACUUAAUGAUUAUGUUUUAUUUUUAAACAUCUCAAACAAAGGUGACACUAAUCUUUAUCUUCUUGAAGUCAAAUGUAGCACCAUCCAUGUUCUAGAAGCACUGGUUGGUGAUGCUGUAGUGGGUACGCGCACAUUCUCAACACAACAUACCUCUUAGUAUAGUCUAAGGGUGGUUAUAAUGCACUAAACAGAAUCAGGGAUUUUAUGAAUGGGAAUUUAUACCAGAAAACACAGUUGUUGUGUGUAUGUAGAUGACCUUUUACAGGUUUAUGUAAAGGAUAGAUCCACUGAAAAAUCAAAAUUCAGUCAUCAUCUACUCAGAAAACGGCUCCAUACAGCUCAUCUGACGUCAUCCCUAGUCUCCAGAAGCCCCGAGAUCCCAAACUGAUUUGAAAAGAAAUUAUUUGUACCGUCGGCCCGGGUCAAGCUCGUUCGCUAACGCUUAUAGCUUAGCAGCUACAGCGUUAAGUUACAAGAUUUCGGCUUUAAAACAUAACAUCUUUUCAAAUCAAUUUGGGAUCUCGAGGCUUCGGGAGACUUGGAUUCCACCACACGAGCAGUAUGGAGCCAUUUUACGAUUGUCUUUUAAUAUUUAAAACAAGUCCCCAUCUACUUCAGUUGUUUAGAAGAAUGCUGCAAAGCUGUUUUGCUGUGAAGCUCCAGAAAUGUUUGUGGACGAUGAAACUUCACCUGACUUUACAUCGACAUGAGGUUGAGUAGAUGAUGACUGAAUUUUUUUAUUUGGGUGAAAUUAACACUUAUUUUCACAACAUAAAAUGUUGUCAUUACCAACUUUAAAGGGGCCAUGUGGGUUUGUAUUGAGUCACUUAAUUAUGGUUAAAAGUUUAAUGACUUUAAAAGCAUUAUUCUGAAUUCUGAUCAUCUUUGGCCAGAGAGUUUUAUUUUAUACACUUCUACUGUUUCAACUUUCAGACUAGUCAGUUACUGUAUGGUUUGAAUAACUUGUAGAUCUUGUCAAUCUGUGUUGUCGCUGGGUGUGAAAUAUGUCUUUAUUUAAGAGUUUCUUGUGGGGUUUACAGAUGUGACUUACUGGUUACAUGACUUAAACUUAUUAAGGUGGUCAUUUGCUCUUUUGCUGUUUCCUACGUGACGUGUUCUGUGAACCAAAGUCUCAGGGUUAAAUAAACAACAUAAAACCAAA